UGCUGUUUGCAUAGAUCUUAACAGUUUAAUCCUGCUUAUUACGAUUAGUUACAUAAAAAGAGUAAUGUUUUAAGCAAAUAAAAAUUAAUCAUCAUCUUUUAAGUUUGUAAAAUGAUUAAACUCAAUGUAUAUAUUUGGCUAUUCGUACACUUUUUAAACUGUAUUGUAGUUAUCGAAAUGUUUGAAAUAAAAGAUGUAAUCACUAUCGAACAAAACAACAUAAUAGCUGUAUUAGAAUCAUUACCAAAUGAAUUCGAAAUAUCUUUUGAAGUUUAUUUUACUUCUUUUUUGGAUCAAUGGUCAAACGUAAUUCGUUUUACAAUAGGAGGUGAUGUUGAUACAUACGGUGACAGAAUUUUUAGUUUUUUUAUUUUAAAUACACUUAUCCAAUUCAGUGCAUCAAUCAAUGGUGAGACUGACUAUAUAAUUCGUUUUUUACCACUUUUUAAUUUGAUGGAGUGGAACAAAGUUUCAGUUAGUCAGUUUUUGGAGAAUGGAGUUUACAACUUUGUUAUCAAAAAAGAUGGAGUAAUUAUUACUACACUACAAAAUAACAAUGUACAACCUUUUGAACAUGUAAGAGUAUAUGCCAGUGAUCCCUGGCAUCUUGCACAGCCAGGAUACAUAAGAAACUUAAUCGUGACAAAUAUAAAUACGAUGCCUUUUUUUGCUAUAAACAGCGAAACCGUUUUACGCACAGCAAAUUAUUUAACAACAAUAAAAACGCUACAAAAAGAGUAUGAAAUAACAUUCGAAGCAUUUUUUACUUCAUAUAUUCCAAAUGUUUGGUCAGAUGUAUUACAUUUAGAUUGUAAUAGUGAACGAGUUUAUGAGAUUUCCAUUUUAAAUACUCUUCUACAUGCUUGGGCAUCAGUCAACAAUAACGCCUUAUAUGGAGUACCAGUAAAAACAUACAACCUAAACGAGUGGAUAACAUUUUAUGUCAGACAAAGUUUAAUCAAUGGAUAUUAUACUCAUACUGUUCAAAUCAAUAGAAUUACUGUUAAUAUGCUUCAAAAUACUGGUGCAAAGGUUUUUCAAAAUGUUACUGUUUAUGCUCCUAUAUACACUGCACAACCAGGGUUUUUAAGAAACUUAUUGGUAAUAAAUGCAUGUCCAAUUUGCGAUUUAUUACCAACGCUGUCUACCAAUAGUUAUGUUAGCGAAGAAGUAUAUUUGCAUGUAAAUCUAGCAACAAAUCCGGAGUGUUAUAGUUAUCUCCAGAAUGUGAAAAUCGUUCUGCAAGCUGAAUCGCUAUUUAAUUUGAAAAGAUUUUUUUGGAAUGAUUCAAGCUUGAAUGAUUCAAAUGUUCAAGGGAAUGGCAAAACAUUCAUUGUUAAUGUGAAAAAGAUUACUAGAAAUAUGUAUGUAACUUUUUCAGUUAGUUUUGUUUAUGAUAAAAAUGUGGUUGAAAAAAAGAGCAGCGCUUCAAUCAUUGUCAAUUUCAGAUGGAAUUAUUUUUGUGAAGAUCCUGUUGUUAAAAAUAAAAAUCAAGCAGUUUUGAUAUCUCUUAAAGGAUCAAUAUCACCAGGCAAAAAAUUGUCUGUGAAUAAGAUAAGUUCAACAUGGAUUUACAAUCAACCAAAUGGAACAUUGAUGCUUUCUGAAACUCAUCAGUUUGUAUGUCAGACCAUGCAAAAGAGGCAAUCUAGCCCUUGUUAUCAGCGUGAAAUAUCGUCAGGAGUUAUCAGUUUUCUUCCAAUUCAAGUAAUGGAGGUAAUCGGUUACGAUUCAAAUACCACAUUAGUUUAUGGACUUACGACAAGAAAAAAUUUUAUUGAGAUUGACAUCAGUAAAAAAAAAAAUAUUUUUAUAACAAAAGAAAGAUGUUUGAAAAUACCUGCUUGUGAAAAGUUUUUGAGUCUAAAGUGACAUUUCACUUUAUAAAUGAAUUCAAUAUAUUUUUAAAAAUUUAACUUGCGAAAAAAUAUUUUGAUAUUU